AUGUUGCGGCUUUUAUCUUGGACUGGCUGUGAUAUGGUCAACUCUCCGGACAUGAGGAUGUUUGUCUCCAAACAAGACUCUCCUGGAUCUGGUAGUCUCGCAAAGCCCGGUGCUGGCCACAAGCGCAGGCAAUCAGGCGACACUCAAGGCCAGGCAGACAGAAAACGAGCCAGGAUUGUUGAAAUGCACCAGAGCGCCGCGUUACCGGCGCCAGCGGACCAAAAUCUGACAGCGGAUCCUGCACCUGGUAUUCCCAAGACAACGGCAUCAAAUCCGAAUAACCCACCAUCAUAUUUACCGUCACCGCCGGAAGUGAAGAUGGAUGACUCGGAGUUGCGCGCGACAGACUCUGCAGUCAAAGGUGGAGAGUCCGACCGGUUAGAGUCAAUUCGAAAUGUGAUCCAAACGCAAAUCGGUCUUGAGAUUCUACUCAAGCACAAAGAGCUCCGACUCAUUGACCAGGAGAUGGCAAAAUGUCAGGUCGCCUUGGAGCAGCUUCGUCGAUGCCAUGAAAUUCCGUUCCCCGGAACCCAAGGUCUUUCUACUGCCGUCAGUACGGGCACCGGUCCCGCUCUUCGUACUUCAUUCUCGACUCCGCUCCCUCACUCUCCCGCGCCGUGGGGCGUUCUGGAUGGACCAUACACCCGUCAUUACGCAAAAUGGUUACUGCAAGAUCCCCGUUUCGAAGGCGGCGAAGUCCAACAGGUGGAGUCUACCCCCAUUGGCAAGUCGCCCAUGAAAUUCAGGUCUCAAACGAGAGGCAGCUUUGCAGAGGUUCCACAAACAUCAAGCCAGUCUCGGACGCAACGUGGGGGGAAAUUGAAGUCGCUGCCUGCUGGAUAUGGCCAGCCGAAAGAGAAGGCUACCGGUCCAAUGAUCAUCAAGAGGAAGUCUGACGGUGCCACUGUUAAGCUGGUGUGUCCGGACUGCGGUCGGUCGGAUUUUGGGAGUGCGCAAGGCUUCAUCAACCAUUGUCGAAUAGGCCAUGGGAGGAGUUUUGCGUCCCAUGAUGCUGCCGCUGACGCCUGUGGAGAACCGGUCGAAGUGGAUGAAACAGGAGCAAUGAUUGGCGUUGAACCUGUCCUGACGCCCACGGCGGGCAAUGUCCAUCCGUUGAUCCGCUCAGCGAAGCUUCUGCAACCGGCACCACCUCGAACAGCACCUCCGACGACAGCUAGAGACACGAAUGCCGAAAACGCCAAGGCAAAGGUGUCACCUGAAUUUAAGGCAUCAGCCCUGACACCGAACCUUUCCGACUUUGUCAAAGGUCGAGGUCUUGGACUCGACCUCCAGGGACUGGUCUCGGACGCCAAGACAAAAGUCGACUUGCCGGAGUCUGAUUCAGAGGAUGACGAUAUGGACAUUGAUGUACCCAUGCAGAAUACUGCUCAGGGUCGUCAUCCACAAGUGGCCGGUAGUAAACAGCCGGCAAAGCCCACCAAAUCGCCCUUGUCUUCACCAUUACUGAGCUCGAGCAUGCUGAGGUCUACGACCAACCUGCGUGGAGGUGGUGUGCAGCCAUUUGUCGGUGCUAACGGUGCUACAACCCAAUCGCGGCCUCGGGGAAUGACGUUGCCGAUGAGUGACAGAUCCCCCACUGACCUUCGACCGUCCGAUCCAUCGCCUACCAGUGAAUCGAAUCAAGCGCCAAGCCUUGUGGACGACGAUGAGGAAUUUGAGCCACACUCACCGAGCAGCAGCUCGAUUUCUGACGAACACGACAUGGGCGAGAUCGAUUUUGAGGUGCAAGGUGAUGACGACGACGCGCGAAGCGUCCUACAUGGUCCCGACUUUCAGCCAACUUGUACGCAAGCUGCUCGACCUUCGCAUGCUCGACGACCUUCAGCCAUUCGCCGUCACGGCGAAGACAGAGAGGAGAAGCAUGUCAGCUUCGUGAGCCCCAGUCCGGCGCGUGAAACGCCUCACCCUCGUGUCAGUGGGGAUCGAAGAAAGAGGAAAGUUUAG